AUGCCCGUCUGGUGUCUCUGUCUGGCCACCUGCUGCCUCUUGGUGCCCGUACAGGGCCUGGGGCCGGUGACCAGCCAAGAUGCCGCCCUGCUGGCUGCUGUGCCCGACUCACUGCGCUGCUUCUCCCGGACCUUUGAGGAUCUGACCUGCUUCUGGGAUCAGGAGGAUGAGCAGCGGCAGCAGCAGGAGGAGGAGGAAGAAGAAGAGGAGGAGGAGCCAAGACCCGAGGAGAGCUAUCAGCUGCUCUUCGCCUACCCAGGGGAGGCCCCGCGGGUGUGUCCCCUGAGCGUCCAGCGGCUGGCCGGCGGCGGGGUCCGCUACGCCUGCCGGCUCCCGGCGGAGGACGCCGUGCGGCUCUUCUCCCCUCUGCGGCUCUGGGUGAGGGACCCGGACGGGGCCCGGAACCACACUCAGCGGGUGCUCAACAUCGAGGCAGUCGGGCUGCCGGACCCACCCAGGAACAUAGUGGCCACGGCCACCUGCCGCCGGGGAGAGCUGCGGGUCAGCUGGGAGGCCACAGAUGUGGGAUUCAGUGAGUUCUUGAGCCAUCAGAUCCGCUACGGCCCUGCGGGCCUGUCAGAGCUGGCCCACCCCGGGGUCCAGUACCUGGAUCUGGGUGGAGAGAACUGCGUCCUCCUGGGGCUGCCGUCGGGAACCACCUACCAGCUCCAGCUCCGCAGCAGGCCGGACGGCAUCUCGCUCAGCGGCUUCUGGGGCCCCUGGUCACCCCCGCUGGCCGUGGAGCUGCCCCAGGAUGCAGCGGAGAUCGGGCUGCAAUGCUUCACGCGGGACUUGCGUUCCGUCACCUGCCAGUGGCAGCGGAGGGAGAACGCCACCUCCGUGGCCGCCUUCUGCCAGGACGGCGGUGAGGGCAGCUGUGCCAGGGUCAGGGACCCAGUCUGGGAGCGGUGCGAGGAGGAGAGGCCCGCGGGCCCGGGGACCCGGCCCCUGCCACCCUCCCGUUGUCACCUCCAGCCCCGCAACGACAGUACCAUCGCCGUGCGCGUGGAGAUGACCCUUUCCCCGGGCACCAUCCGCAGCUACCUGAGUGCCCCUUUCUGGAUGCACCAGGCCGUGCUCACCGACGCUCCCCGCCUGAGGUGGAUGGAGGUGUCCAGCGGGAGGCUGAGGCUGGAGUGGGCGGCCCCGCCGUCCUGGCUGGCCAAGCAGAUGCGCUAUCAGCUCCGCUACACAGGAGAGAACCUCUCCGAUUGGAAGGUGCUGGAGCCACCACCCGGGGCCCUCGAGGAGACCCUGGAGCUGCGGCCCUGGAGCCGGUAUCGGCUGCAGGUGCGGGCCCGCCCCGACGGCCCUUCCCACCGUGGACCCUGGAGCGCCUGGUCUGUGGAGACGCUGGUGGAGACGUCCCCCGGGGGCGUCUGGGUUUCCAUGGUGACCACCCUGUCCCUGGUGCUGGGCCCCGGAAGCCUCCUGGUGCUGCUACUGCUCCUGAGGCGACUCCACCCAGCAUCCUACAGGAGCCUGAGGCAGACCCUGUGGCCGUCACUCCCUGACCUGCACCGGGUCCUGGGGGGCUUCUUCACAGAGACCCAGACUCCUGCCAGCCUGCCCAAGGCCCCAGACGCCGAUGCCGUCACCGUCAUAGAGGAGGAGGAGCCCUGCCUCCUGGAAGUCCUGUCUGAGGUCCCCGAGACCAGCCGUCACCCUCCGGGAGCCCCCGGGCCUCCUCCUCCCCAGCUGGACUACACGGUGCUGCAACCUGACCGUGGCUGCGGCGACCCCUGCGUGGAGGCCUGGUCCCUGCCUCACAGUUGGCCCCUUCUCCGGGGAGAUCAGGCCUGGGGGUGGGGCGGCCCUCCCCUGGAAGCCGGGCUCCGUCCCCCUACCGCCACCCUCAUCGCCAACCACUGCUACCUCCCCUUAAGCCGCUGGGAGCUGCCCCCAGACCCGGAGGAACCGGGAGCUUUCUAA